CGGCGACCAUUCUGAGGCAGUCGCCGGCCUGGGGACGGGGCGGCGGCGGGGGCGAACUACCGGGCGCGCCGGGCGAACCAGAGAAUUACUGGGCCACCGCAUCGGUGAGCCGGUGGGCGCUCAAAACAGGUCCGCAUGGCGCGUCGCCCGAGUCAGUGCGCUGGUCAACAAGGCUGCGAGACCGUUUUCGAGCGAACAAAGGGAUGCACGAUCGCGGGCCAGACUUCGGGUCCAGGGCUGUGCAGACCGCAUGGGACGGCGGGAGAACAAGGGCGAAAAUUGCGCGCGCACCGCCAGGGCAAAUGAUAAUGGAUAAGGAGGCCAUUGUCCUCGCACGGGGCACGUUGGUUGGAAAAAACAAUACGGCCUCGACGAGCUCGAAACUUGGCGUGGAUGGAAGCCGCACCGAGGAUGACAAGCGUGGGGAGGACAAGAAGGCCGGGGGCAACGUCCGUGGUAAUAAUCAGACCCCGCGCAUGCAGCAACAAGCGCGCGUCGGCGUCCGUGUGCGGGGUAGACGACCUUGGGGGAGCGCCGUCAUAGCGCGCCGUGGCCGGUGGGGCAGGAAGCGAGGAAACGAAGUCCUAUCUGCUCGUAAGCGAGACGGCCACAAAGAAGACGUUUUAGCGUCAAGCCUGUGAGCAAGAGGACACGCUGCAGCCUACACGGCGUGCUAAGAGUGCGUAGAAAGACAAGAACGUACGACGACGAACGAUUUCCGGAACGAGCGCGAAAACGAGGACAUGUGGAAUAUUCAGUAAAGACCUCGGGGACGGAUCGCCACCACAAAGAAAUAUGCAAGUUGCGCUCGAGGACACUAGACAUGGCGUGCUUGUCGCUAGACUCUUCGAAAGUCCCGAAUGUCGGGCUUACGUUGAUGAAUCUCGACAAGUAUAUGUGGAAGAUGCCCUUGUACAGGGGCUUCCGGCCGAUGGAAGGAACUGAAGAAGGAGGGUAAAU